AUGGCGCUUCUCGCUUUGGCCAUCGCCGCGGUCGUGCUGCCUGCUACCUCUCAGCAGCAUGACUGUUCGAUUUUGGGCUGCGAAGCCGAUCCAAGCUUCCAUUUUCAGCUCCUGCAGUACAAGAUGGCGGCAAAGACUGCGCAAGAUCACUCGGAAUGGAUCGGGAAAGGUGGGAAUCUUAUCAGGUCAGGAUCUACAUGGGCUGUCCCACCUGUGGACCUUUCAAAAGGUCCAACUUGGACAUGGGAAGCUCCCUUGGGUGGCCUUGUGCGCGGCUCACCGGUGGUGGAUUCCAAGGGCUGCAUCUACCAGUCGACGAUUGACGGGCAGAUCGUAAAGUUCUCGCAGACAGGCGAUGUCCUCUGGGCCAUCAGCACAGAAGGAAUUUCCUUCCCUGGCAAUCCUGUUCAUCUAGCAGGUGUGCUCUACAACUUCGGGACGGAUGGUCAAAUGCUCGCCUUGGACUCCAAUGAUGGGAAGAAGCUGUGGCAGACACAGGCCUGCGAUAUGGCAAGUGGUGACACCCACACAAUCAUCGCGGGCGAUGGGGUCGUGCUUGCCUCAUGCUUGAACAAGGGCGAGGACAAGACGUUUGGCUCGGCCACCAUGAUUGUCGCCUGCAAUGCCACGGAUGGGCAGGUCAUGUGGAAGUACCGUCCAGAUAAUGGCCUGUACAACUGGAUCGGGUCGAUUCAGGCUGGAGACCUUCUCUUCUCUGACAUGAAUGGGGGCGUCUAUCGCAUGAGCCUCAAGGACGGGUCUCUUAUCUGGAAGGUGCCUGCUCCUGCUGGGGCUACCUCGACCACUGGGGGCUUAUCGGGCGCCACCAACGGCCUCGUCUACGUUACGCACAAUCUGGACAGCCCCGACGGACACGUGGGGCUACUCUCCGUGUACACUGCAGCAGAUGGCAAGCCAGUCUGGCAACGCAGCUUUCCAAAGUUCCCAGCAAACUCUGGUCCAGCAAUUGCUACAGGUGGGGACGAGCCCUUUGUCGUCAUCGCCAUUGGGACUAACCCUGGCUUCGCUUUGGGCAAGGGUUUCGUGCUGGACCUGGACCCUUUUGAUAAAAAUGAUACCAGCGGAACUCAGCGUCAUCCCUCGAAGGCUGUCGCGAUGGAUGCAAAAGACGGCCAUACCAUCUGGGAAUACCAAUUCCCUGACUGGCACGGGGCAGCAGCCGGUGACACACCCACUCACACCUGCUUGCCGGACUCCUAUGCAAACCCUUCCAUCGCUGGAGAUGGAGCCGUCUUUUUGGCAGGUAUGUCCGGCACCGUCUACCGCCUUCUCGACAAGGACAGGGACGGUAAGUUUGAUCCAGCCAGUGGUGAGGUCACAACGUAUGACACCGGGAAUGCAUUCCAGGCCGCUCCAGCAAUCAGUGACGGCAUUCUCGCAGUGUCUCCUUGCAACGGAUUGAAAGUCUUCCUGUCUUAG